AUGGAUAUUUCAGCAACAGAACUUAACAAUGAGUUCAAUAAUGCCAAAAAAGAUGAGCUGUUUCGUAUUAAAUCCGAAAACUCACCUUUCAAGCUUUAUAGAACAGUGACCAAUCUUACAUCGAAGAACCUCCAUCCCUCAAUUACUGUGUUGAAGGAUAUACCAUAUCUUUUACUUCCAUCUGACAACUCAUAUGCAGUAUAUGAGCUACAGAGCUUAAGACUUCAGUUCCUUGGCCCUACAUUUCCAUCUAUUUCAUGUAUUGCGCAAUCUGGUGCAUUUGUGUAUGUCUGUUGUAUUGAUAUACUCUUUAAGACAUUUAGAGGAGAAAUUAUUGGGAAAACCAAAUUUCCAAACAUUUCAAUAUCCAAAAUGCUUGUUUUUGGAUCGAGCUUUAUAUUAAAAUCAGACUACGAGCUUAUUAUUUGUGAAUGUAAAGAAGCCAAUCAUAUUAAUGAUAAUCAAGCAGACAUCCACGAAGCUAAAUAUGACCCUGUUGAGGAGAAAGGGACAAAUAGGCCUAUUAAAUAUGAAGAAGAGUUUUUAAAGGAAUGCUACAGACUAAGCUUCUCAGGUAGUAAAAUUGUUGAUAUUUUUCAUCCACAUAGUUACACCAACAAAAUUCUCAUUAGCUUUGAGGACGGAUCAUCUCAAUUGUAUAACAUCAGCACAAAUAGAAAGAUAUUUGAAUAUUCAUUUGGCAGUGCUAUUGCCAUGGCUCAGACAUCCGUUGUGGAUGUUGUCGGCUUGGUGAUGAAUAAUAGCCUUAUAAAGAUUUACAAUCUAAAGAAAGACAAGCUAAUUUUCGAAAUCACAGAGUAUAUUGGAAAGAAUAUAAGAAGAAUAGACUUUAAAGACAAAACAGUGGUGAUUGUGGGGGAUAGUUUGGCUAUUUAUGAUCUCGAAAUUAAGAAAGAAAUCUAUAGAAGACCUGUUGCCUUCUCUGGACUAAUGAUCAAUAAUGAUAUGGCAUUGAUUACAACAGGCAGCUCUUUUGAAAUAUUAACACUUGAUGAUCUCAAAAUAUUAAAGACCAGGAAGAUUUUAAAUGAAGGAAUAAAGCAGAUAUUUAAGUAUACACCAAACGAAGUAGUGUUGGUUUCAAAUGACAAAGUAUUUAAAAUGAACAUUUAUAGGGAUGAAAUGAACGGUUUUUUGAAGUCCAAAACUCCAAUCGAACGUCUUAGCAUAGACUUCAACGUCAAUUCAGAAAUAGAAAAUCCUAAUAUUAUAAUUUAUGGCGAGGGAAAACUGUCUUAUAUUGACAGUAAUUGUAAAUAUCACAAUUUAAUCACUCAAAAGUGUAGUUUUGUGCGAGUGUUUAGAGAUUUUUGUGUUUUUGGUACAAAAACUAAGGUCGUUGUAAUGAAUCUUGUGUCUAAACGUGUUGUGUUGGCACUUCCUGUACCACUAGGCAAGGAAGUAAUAGAUGCAUGUCUGGAUAACUACUCGCUCACUGUACUGUUUUCUAAUACAAUGUGUAAAUAUAAUCUAGACAUGGAUGUGAUUUUCCAGUAUGAACUGCCAAAAAGUAUAAAAAGUGGGCGUCUUGACUGCUAUGAUAAAUUGUACUUUAUAAACGACCAUUCGAUGUUAACUGUCAUUUCGCAUGAGGACUGUCUCAGUAAAAAGGCUGAAAAUGGAUGCAAUAUUGGUAACAACAACACCACUGAAUACAAUAGAGACAUACCCAAAGCAAAAUCAAACGGAAUGAAUAGCAUUGUCUUUAGAACAUUUGAUAUUACAAAAUUUACUGUCGAUUCCUCUUGCAAUGUACUUGUUGGCAUCAAACAUACUGAAAUUUUGAUUUUUGACAUUUCGACUGGCAAUCUUCUUGAAACAAUCUCCACUAAUAAGAAUCUUAUUGAUAUUGCCAUUUUAGACAAUUUUAAGUUUAUCUGUGCCCUUGAUUCUGAUUCUCAAAUACAUCUCCUAUCUAAUCUUUCGCAUUUCAACGCCACUACUGAUUCAUCCACUCUAAGUGCUACGAUAACGUCGUAUGAAGUACCGGUUGUGAAAAAAGAAAGCAACUUUUAUAAAGACUUGGUGCUGUACAAGUCCUUUACUUCUAAAACUGACCAUGACCUUGUUUUAAAGGGAUUGACAAAGCUCGAAGUGAAGGAAUUGCUGGAAAUUAUCAGAAAGAAUAUUCAAAAAGACUUUUUUGCCUCUCAAAAAUUACUCAAUAAACUGUUGUUGUACAAGAAUAGUAUAAUAGAAGCGACCGAUCUUAUUGAAAUAAAAGAAGAGGUUAAUAGAAAAUUUAAGGAGAUUGAAGAGAACAUUUUAAAGAGCAUAGGUAUGCUUGACAUACAAAAAACUAUUGAGUAA